AUGUGUCACAGUAUUGCGGCGGAAGCAAGCGGCGUCACCUGACAGCCACGGGCGUCGUUAGAACUGUUAAGGAUACCUUUGUGAAAUUUUGAAAAUGUGAAAUCUUUGACUUUGUAUAAUUAGAUUGAUGAAAUUGUACGAGCAAUCAGGAAGAAGUGAUAGAUGUUUCGAGUGAUCCUUAAUUAAUUGCCAGUUAGGAGGAAAUUCUUUUUAUUUCUGUACAAGAAUAUGUCUUCAAGAGAAAACGAUGACUUUUCAGAAUGUCAGAAAAAUCAUAGAAUUGAAAAGACGUAUCUUGUCUUCUGAGGGAUAUUGAAAUGUGAUUUAUGUCUUGUCAAUUUGUACACCAAUUGGUCAGAUUUAUAAAUAUAUUUUCCCAAAGUGUAUUUACAGCUGGUAUCGCGACGGAAUACUUGAUCUUCGGCUGCAACGUGACAUUAUAGAAUUUUCAAAUUCAUGGAACGUUGCCGAUUGGGACCGUAGAAGAUAAGCGAAUAACUCGAAGAGAAAGAUAUAGAAUUAUAGAGAAGAAUGAAAAGAAACAGCAAUGGAUUGGAAGCGACGUGUAUUUGUUGAAUCAGCAAAAUGCUGAGGUCGUACAUAACUGUCCAGGAGUAUCCGUUUCGUGCAACGGACCUGUAGAUUCAUUUUAAAUCCGAGAAAAAGGACCUAAACAGAAUGUCAGCGGAUUUUCUCGUCGGCCAAGGGCACGCGAACCUGCUUAGGUCGAAAAAGAAUGGCAAUAUCGAUCUGGAUCAUUAUCGUGGAAAUUUCAUUUCUUCUAACAGUCACUGGUGAUUGUUCCCGAUAUUGUUUAUCAAGUUUCAUCAGGCACAAUGGACAACAACGAACUUCGAAUGGAAGAUGAAACACAGAACAGUCACAGCAGACGACCGAGUGCAUCCACUAACAAUACGACUAGUUUUACUGACCUCAGCCCGAACGAUUCCGAGGCGAACGCGAAAACAGAAAAUGUAUCCUCCAGAGUGGCAUCAGCGUGUUCGACGCCUCAAAAAAGGAGAUCCUCGACGGAAUCGAAUUCACCGCGCGUGAACAAAAGCACGCAGUCUAUGGAGAACAGAGAAAUGAUAUACGAGACGGAUAAAAACGGCAUCCAAACGCCGAAAGCUAAUCGAAAAUUGUCUAGAGCCAGUGUUUAUCCUUCGGGAACAAACCUGACCGCUCGAGACGCUUUUGGUCCCAAGCUGACGGCACCGGCAACACCUGAAAAUUCUCCACCGCUAUUAGACCCUCCAAUAUUUCCUGACGAUGUACCGAGAGAUUCUUUGUUACAAAAGGACUCGUCUUCGGAGGCGGAAAUAGAUCCUGAAACCCUCUAUUUUCGGGAUGGCCGUAGACGAAUCGAUAUGGUACUGGUGUAUCAAGAAGAUAAUAACGGCGUGAUGACUGAAAUAGAAGCGCGUCGAAAAGAACAGAGACGGGUGUUCCAGCAGAAUUUAUUGAAAGAGGGGUUGCAGCUCGAACUGGAACCAAAGGAGAACUCGUUCGAUGGGAAAACUUUUUUUCUCAAGUUGCACAUACCAUGGAAGAUCAAAGUUCAAUACGCUGAAGUGAUGAACCUGAAGCUACCUACCAAAAGGUUCAUCACGAUAUCUGUUAAAGCUUGGGAUAAUGAGAAUACGAAGAAAAGACCGAAGCUAUGGGACAAGUGGACGCGAUGUAUAAGGUGGAUAAAAACGUUGCAUACUUGGGACACUAAAAAAUAUGCUACGGAACCUAGUUUUUAUAAUAGUAUUGAUUCCGGUGAUCGGGAGGAGAGAUUCGUUAUAAAAGACAGGGAUACAGCUUAUACGCCUGCUCAAAGAUCACUGAUAGUUAUGCAAAUACUGUUGAGGGCGAGGUACGACGAGACACACGAGAAGGUUGGCAUUCGUAGACUUUUAGCCGAUGGUAGUUACCUUGAUUGUUUUUCUCUUCACGAGGGUCCUUAUAAUAAACCGGGGCUCAAUGGAGAAAUUCUUGACAGACAUUUAUUGUACUUAAUAUGGGCUAGACCAUCUCAAUGGUAUAAAAAACAACCCCUUUGGUUGAUCAGACGAUAUUUCGGCGAAAAGGUAGGACUUUAUUUUGCGUGGUUAGGAUUUUACACGAAAUGUUUGUACCCACCAGCGAUCGUUGGACUGUUGUGCUUCAUGUAUGGGGUGGGAAGCAUGGAGGGUGUUGACAACAUACCUAGCAAAGAGAUAUGUGAUUCUAAUGUAGCAGGAAAUAUCACGUUAUGCCCUCUUUGCGACAAAGCAUGCGACUACCAGAUACUUGGUGAAUCUUGUAUGUUUUCGAAAUUAACUUAUUUAUUCGAUAAUCCUGCCACCGUAUUCUUCGCUAUUUUUAUGUCAUUUUGGGCUACAACCUUUCUCGAACUAUGGAAACGAAGGCAGGCUGUUAUAAUGUGGGAAUGGGAUCUUCAAAACGUCGAAAGCGACGAGGAACCCAGACCUGAAUUCGAAACCACCGUGAAAACGUUUCGAAUUAAUCCUGUGACCAGAGAAAGGGAACCUUAUUUGCCAACCUGGUCUAAAGCCUUACGUUUCUGUGCCACCGGUUCCAUGGUAUUUUUCAUGAUAUGCGUGGUUUUGGGCGCAGUACUAGGAACCAUUAUUUAUCGCAUAUCACUGGUGUCAGUGUUUUACAGCGGCGGUGGUACAUUCUUGAAAAAGCACGCAAAAAUCUUCACCUCGAUGACUGCCGCUCUCGUGAACUUGAUAAUCAUCAUGAUACUCACACGAGUGUAUCACCGUUUAGCACGAUGGAUGGUUAAUAUGGAGAAUCCUAGAACUCAGACCGAAUACGAAUCCAGUUUCACUUUCAAAAUAUUUCUGUUCGAAUUCGUCAAUUUUUACUCGUCCCUCAUUUACAUCGCCUUCUUCAAGGGGAGGUUUUUCGUUCAUCCGGGCGAUGCAGAUGCAAGAACCUCCGCGUUCUUUCGGAUCAAAACAGACGUCUGCGAUCCAGCAGGUUGUCUAUCAGAAGUCUGUAUACAACUCGCCAUCAUAAUGGUGGGUAAACAGUGUUUCAACAAUUUUGUCGAGAUAUUAUCCCCGAAAUUGUGGAAUUGGUGGCGUAAAAGAAAUCACGUAGCCGCUACGAAAGACCAUGCUCGUCCGUACACUUGUUGGGAGAGAGAUUAUCAACUACAAGAUCCUGGAAGACUUGCUUUAUUCGACGAGUAUCUAGAAAUGAUUCUACAAUACGGAUUCGUCACCCUGUUCGUCGCCGCAUUUCCAUUAGCACCGUUGUUCGCGUUAUUGAACAACAUAGCAGAGAUACGCUUGGACGCUUAUAAAAUGGUGAAAGAAUCUAGGAGGCCGUUGGCUGAGAGGGUGGAGGACAUAGGAGCUUGGUACGGGAUUCUUCGUGGAGUAACUUACGUCGCUGUGGUGUCGAAUGCAUUCGUUAUCGCUUACACGUCGGAUUUCAUUCCGCGUAGCGUGUACGCGAUCGUUUACUCUCCGACGAACGAUUUGGUCGGUUACAUCGACAGUUCUCUGUCGGAAUUCAACACGUCCGAUUAUCGGGAUGACAUGAAGAGCGACAUGAAGGAGAAGCAUCCGGAAACUUGUCAAUACAGAGGCUAUAGAAACGGGCCGGAUCAUAAAACUGAUCCGUACGGACUUAGUCCGCAGUAUUGGCAUGUUUUCGCAGCUCGUUUAGCCUUCGUUGUUGUUUUCGAGCAUGUCGUCUUUGCAUUGACUGGUAUAAUGAGUUACGUGAUACCAGCCUUGCCUCAAGCUUUGGCGACACAAUUGGCACGCGAGCGUCUGCUCGCACAAGAAGCGAAAUACGAGAAAGGUUUGAAGAGCAGAGAAGACGAGGAUGAUAUCCUAUCGAUGCUCAGAGAAGCAGGAAGCAUCGGAAGGGCCGCAGCUGGUGGUAGAGGUAGCUGGGCCAGACGAUUCAGCAAACUUAGCGAUGGCCUCGACGCUCACGUUGAUGUAACUUCCAGGCAGAACAGGAACAGCGAUGGUUCUACUGUGUGGGAGGAAAUGGCCGCCAGAUGGCAGCACUAUUACAAGCUACCGACCGUGUGCUGCGGCGCCCUCAGUAGCAUUCGGGACCUCGAGGAGUUACGACGUACGGUAUGUAUGAGAGAAGAACCGAAGUACCGAAGUAAACAAACAGAAGGAUUAACUCAGCCUCUAAUGGUACAAAGUCAUUUGGCAUUGGUAAGACGUGAAACUUUUAAUUUUCUGUUUCUUAUUAUCAAUGAUAAUAUAUGUGUAAAAAGAAAAAGAAUUUGAUAAAUAAGAACUCUGGUUAUUUCUGCUCCAGUUAUCUAUACCAAAUUCAAAAAGAUUUGAUAAUCAGAAUAAAAAUUCCUAAAUUUUAUUAAGUAAUUAAAAUAAAUUAUUCUAAAUAUAACAUUCACAGAUAUCAUUUAGGAAAUCGAUAAUAUUUAUAGAAGAUUAUCAGUUGAAAUAAUGAAGCAAAUUAA